CAACAACCACGGACAGUUUUACAUUUAAUUCAUUUUUUUCUUGUCUAAAAAGAGCUUCAUUUUCUUCACUUAAAUUAUUUCGUUUUUCUGCCUACUCAAGUGCAAGUAUUGAUGAAAUGAAAAUUAAAAAUGAUGAAAAACUAAAAAGUACAAAUGGGGGGAAUGAAAUUCAGAAAGAUAAUUUUAAUCCUUUUAAGCCAAAGAGAGCAGUUAUUGUCUCUAAAUCUUCCCUCCUUGAAUACGAAUUUGAAAAACUUGGAAAGCCUUUUAAAUCAUUUGAUGAUCAACAAUUAAUCACUCAGCAAAGGCAUGAUCAGCAGCAGCAAUAUAUUGCUUCUAUUUCUAAAGAACUUGAGCGUCACAACAUUGAAUACCGAGUUGUCAAGCGUCGUCAAUAUUCCGAUGAAUUUGUUGAUUGGGGUGAUUUGAUUAUUUCUGCUGGAGGUGACGGUACUUUUUUGACUGCUGCUAAAAGGGUGAUUAACUCAAACAAGCCUGUUAUUGGCAUUAACACUGAUCCGAUUGGAUCAGAAGGUUUUCUCUGCCUAACUGGCAAAUCUCGACAUCCUGCCGAUGAAGUAAUUCGUCAGUUCCUGGCGGAUGCUGCUUUGCCCGGUUUUCGUUGGCUUUGGCGGCAAAGAAUUCGUGUAACUUUUCUAAAUUUUGGUUUUGAGAACGGCGUUUCUCCUUCUCCCUCCUCUUCUUCUUCAAUUCAACAACAAGAAAAUCAAGUAAACGGUGUUGUUAAACCUAGUGAAAAUGACGAACAUAUUCACACUGCUGAAGAUAUUGCCGAAGAGGAAAAUGCAGAUGAAACUAAUUUGGAGAACUCGCGGAAGACCAUUUUCAGGUAUUUUUAUUUUAAGCGUAGGAUUGAUUUGUUAAUAUCCGAAUUUAAAAAAUUUUAA